AUGUCAAACUCCCAGGAACAGAGUCUGAAUAAGGACGUGAUAUUUCUGCCGGUGUCUGAGUCCAGCCCGGAGUACCUCCACUGCGAGAGGGAGCGCUAUGCGCUAGAAGGCCUGCUGAGUGCAGGCCCCGGGGCCUUCUACUCCAAGCUGAGUGCAGAGCACCUCGUCCCUUUCCUCUCCCCAGAGGAGGUGAACCAGAUCAGUGGCUGGGUCAAGGACUACCACAGCAGCUAUGAGGAGGUGGAGGGGGCUGAGGAGGGGGGCAGCUCAGGGGUGCAGAACUUCUCUGCCAGGUACUUCCCCACCCACUCAGACACCCCUGCACCCUGCCUGGAGCUGGGCUGGCCUGAGGGGGUCACCUGGGUGGGAAUGGGACACGCCAUGGUCUACACCAGCCCACCAGCGGAUGGACAACCUCCUAUCAGAGAGAUCAUCAGAAGACUACUGCAGGGGGCUAGCAAGGUAUGUCUGAAUGAUUCAAUAUUAUAUAGUCUUAAGGCACAAUAAUAUAAUUUGGCCUACAUGCACUUGGUACAUCAGUAAAAAUCUUGAUUGUAUGAUGUAAAUUAGUAGCGGAUGGCUGAGUUCAUCGCAACUACCUUACUGAGACCUAGAGGUACUGUCACCCCAGAUCCAGAAAUGCCUUUGCUUUGCUGAGUCUGUGUUAUUGAUGGUGCUUCUUGAGUAUGUUGUGUUACGGUUCAGAGGGUUUUGAGUUUGCGAACUGAUUGGGAGGAAUAUCCAGUCUGUCACAUAUCAAUAUUCCUCUGAUGGAGUGUCUGCUAUACAGGUUAUUGCCAUGGUGACAGACAGACUGACAGAUAGCACUGUGAUUGGUGAUCUCCACACCAUCGCUUCACGGGGAGUCCCUGUUUACAUCAUCCUGAACCAGAGAUCCAACCAGGAGAACUUCCCCCCUCACAGGCUGAGGCAUCCGGUGAGUAACUACACCAUAUAAGGACUCAGAAGUCCAUAUCACUACAGACUCUGACUCAUGAUGUCAUUCAUACCACAUAGCCAAUCCCACAUAACUUCUUAAUUCACACAGUACCAAAAACAGCUCAACAUAUUAAUAAUCUCUGUCACAGUGCAUCAGGUUUCAUAAGAGCAGAAUGUCAUUAACCUGACGUCUGGCUCUUCAGAAGCUGACACACACCCAGGCUGACUAUAGUCUCUGGUAACUCCUUUUUUUGCAUGUGUGGAAUGUAGCAUCUGGGUGAAGCAACACAACUGAACAGGUUGUUCUGCAUUCACUGUGUCAGUCUGUGCGUCUCUUGGUGUGGCUAAGGUCACGUCUGUGGUAAUGAUAUACUGUAUAUGCUGGCAGAAUUGAAGUCAAUCCAAAGUCUAUGUCUGAAUCGACAGGGUUGAAAUAAAGUUGAUUUCCAUGUAUUCUGCUCUUCAUAGAAUAUGCAGGUUCGUGUUCUUGGAGGAAAGACCUUCUGUUCGCGGGAGGGAAAGAUAGUGAUGGGGGAAUUGAAAGACAACUUCCUCCUGGUGGAUUUGGAGACAGUGAUUAAUGGUAGCUACAGGUAAAGUAGCUAGGUGUUAUCCACUGUUUCUAACCUAUUACACACUCAGUUUCCCUCUGACAUCAAAUAACAGCUUGUUAUUGUGUUCACCAGCUUCACAUGGUCAGACGCCCACCUGCACCGGCAGCUGGUGACAGUGCUGAGUGGCCCGGUGGUGGAAUCCUUCGACCGAGAGUUCCGGAUCCUCUUUGCAGCCUCACUUCCAGUUCCAGACACAUGGAAGGCCGGCAGGGCCCCGAUAGAUGAGCCCCAUCACCACUCAGUGCUCCUUGACCUCAACAACCAGCCCAAGUAUCUCCCUAUGGAUCCUAUCGACAGCCCCCCUCCUACCCCACCUGCAGACUCCACCCUGGACUGGGAGGCCCUGGGCGUUAUCCACAGAGGAAGUCCUGUCAAUCAACACAGUGAACCCAUGGACAUGAAUAUGAACAUGGAAGAACCACUGCAACAUUUUACAGCAGUGAACAAAAAGCCACCUUUUGGGGAGGAGUUUUGUCCGAAGGAGGUUGAUCACCGCACAACUACGCCUGUGAAUGAGAGAAGGUAUGUGUGA